UUCUACCAGCCACUUCCGGAUCCCCUCUGCUUCGAUUGUUUGGGCGCGAAUUGCUCUGAGCGCGGCUCCCGGAAUUCAAGAGGAGUGGUUGACAGUCGUGGGGUGAAAUGCAGCCUUAGAGAUUAGUGUCUGGCUUUGAGGUUGCUGCGAUCGGCAGCGUCUUUCCGGAGGCGUCACUUGUCAAGAGAUUUUUUUUGAAGCACUGUUAAAAUUGUUCUGUUUAGAUCAAGAUGUCUAGCAAAGCAAACGCUACCAAGAAAAUGCCUCAACAGUUAAAAAGAAAUCGAAAAAGAAAAAUCGGUCAUGAGGAAGUGGAGUUAUCAGAAAAAGAGGUUAGAAACACAGCAAAAAAAAAUAAUCAACUAAAGUGUCUGUCUUCUGAAGGACAAACAAAGGAUACUAGUCUAAAACAGGUUAAGAUAGCAUCCAGCAAGAGAAAAACCUGGCAGCCUCUUUCAAAGAGUAGCAGAGAGUAUUUGCAAACUAUGAUGGAAACAGUAAUAAUAGCAAUUUUGAGUAACAGUGGUAGAGAAAAUGAACAAAUUCAAUAUCAACUCAACUGCCUGAAGAAAAGAUUGCUACAACUGUGUGAAACCCUAAAAGUCCCUCCCAAAAAGCUGAAAGAUUUAACUAGUGUGUCAAGUCUACUGAAAAUGGAAAGGGCAAAGCACAGAACUAAUGAAGAAGGUCUGACAUUAUUGCAGGAAGAAAUAGAUAAAAUAGUAGAGACCACAGAGUCAAUGACUGGGAGUAUUCAGGCCCUAAAAAACAAAAUUCAAAUUCUGACAAGUGAGGUGGAAGAAGAGGAGGAGAAGAUAAAACAGAUGUUUCAAAUAGAUAGUGGAGUACUCUCUCUUCCAGAACUUUCUCAGAAGAGUCUCAAAGCACCCACACUUCAGAAAGAAAUUUUGGCUCAAAUUCCAAACCAGAACCCUCUCCUGAAGGACUUGGAUGUUCUCCAUAAUUCAUCCCAGAUGAAGAACAUGUUAACUUUCAUCGAGGAAGCCUAUGAGAGACUGGAUGCCUCUUAAAGAGUGAUUUUUAGAGUAUCCCAUAGUAAUUUAUGAAUUUAUAAGUUUGUAAAACUGUUUACCUAUGAUGAUAUUGCAAAGGCUGAGGCUUCUUUAGGAUUAAUUAUUUUCCAAUAUGCAGUUUAAAAUUAGCCUCUAAAUCUACCAUUAGCAUAUAAUGUAGUCCUGAAAACACUGUGUUUAGCAGUUGCCAAGCCUAGGAACUCACAUUUAUGUUGUUACUUUUCCAUUUAUUUGCCCGAAGCCAUAAAUAAGAACAGCCACAGUCUCAUGAUUUAUAAUGGCUGAAUAGAGCUCAUUUAUUGGUUAGUGCAGAGGAAAUUUGACACAAUAACUUAAUAUAUAUAAAGUGUUUAUAGGGCCUAGUUCAUAAAACUAGUUCAUAAAUGUUUUCUAUUGUUAUAAUUCCUUAGCUGAUGACUUGCAUUUUCUGUCUGGUCAUUUGGAACUUGAGAAAUCCCCAAACACCUUUAUUUUUUUUUUUUACGUAAUUCCCUAGACUUUGUGAUAUAAUUAAGGUUUGCCAGGUAUCUUUACCUUUGGAGGCAGCAUGAACAUUUUAUUUCUUUGGUUGAGUUAGUGAAUCGAUGUUGAAUACUUGUUUUCCCCUGCCAUCAAAGCAUACUUUUAUUUCAUAAAAUUAUUUAAAAGGGACAUAAGCACAUUUAUUCCCUUAAAAGAAAAUUCAAACAGAAUCCUUUCUAGAACUUCUCUCAUUGUGAUGAUGAUAUGUAUAUACAUGUGAAUUAACUGUCAUUAAAAUAUAUCAAAAAUCAUUUCUAACCAA